AAGAAUUAGAUCGAGGGCAAAUAUGUGGAUUAGUGACAUCUUGUAUCAAAGGUGUUGCUGAACGGAGAGAAGAAUCUCUCUAGUAUCUGUGUCAGAUUUCAUCAGACCGCUGAUAUAUCACUCGGAUAAAUCAAGCAGAAAAUAUAAAUAUUUGGUUUUAAGAAUAAUCAUAGAAAAAUAUCCAAAGAUGCGCUUUGGGACUCAAUGGGAUUUUCUUGUGUCAGCUUUGAUCAUUUUACAAGUUAAAAACUUGUCUGCUAUUAGGAAUACUCUAAAUGAAGGGACACUGGACAAUAUGGAUACGGCGUACCCUGAUAAACCUGUUGAGAUUUACAAGAACAGAAUACCGGAAAUUUAUUCCAGACUAUUUAGAGUUAUUAAAGAAGUAUCAACUGCAAAAAUUGAGGAGAGAUUGACCUACCACGCAUGCUGUCAGUCGGCCUUAGGGUUUGUAACAUAUGACCAGCUGGUUGACAUCAAUGGAAAACUGGUUACCUUGGUUACGUAUGGCAACAGGAAGCAGUAUUUCUAUUCUGAGACCUGUGUAAAUUCUGACAAAAAAUGCACCUGCAACUGUUUCUGUAUGCUCGUCAACCAAGUCAUCACAGUGCUGGUGUACAACCCUCUCUACCAACCCUUACAACCCGACAAGUUGAUCCUAACCUUGGCUGAGGUGCCCACAUUCUGUAGGUGCUUCAACAACGCUAAGCAGGGUGCAAAGCAGGAUCCUGAACUGAAUUUUUUUUACGAUUCUGACCUAUCAGAUACAAACUUUUAGUUACUUG